UGCGUUUGCUUCAGUCUCACACACUGUACUGUACAUCCAGCAGGCGAGUCCGUCCUGUCCCGUCGGAUAAGAGAGAAAAGAAUAUCAAGGUGACAUCAAGAUGUUUUGGAGAAUUCUCUGUGUGACAGUCGUGCUGGCUGGUUUUGGCUCUUGUAUGGGCACAGAAGUGAACUGUACAGCCAAGACUUCUUGUGUGGAGUGCACGAAUGCUCAAUGUUUAUGGAUGACAUGCUCGAAUACCACCACCUGUUAUCCCACUUCUGAUACAAACUGCACCAACACCACUUGCUCAGUCACUACAGCUCCUUCAACAGAAACCACUGCGUUGACCACCAACGCCAGUGUGACCACCACCAGUGCUACAUCAGCAGUCACCAACACCACCGCCACCACUAAUGCUACAUCUGUGUCGACCACAUCUACUACCACUACAAGUACCCCCAUUUCCAACACCACCACGGUAAGUCCGUCCCCGACUCCUCAGAAAAAAUCCACGUUCGAUGCUGCCAGCUUCAUCGGCGGGAUUGUCCUCGUUCUUGGCCUUCAAGCCGUCAUCUUCUUUCUCUACAAGUUCUGCAAGUCCAAGGACCGCAACUACCACACUCUGUAAAAUAUGGCACCACUUAGACAUACAGCGUUGCACAUCAAUGACAUGACCCCCGCCCAAAAAAAAAAAACCACACACAAGCGCACACAAAGAAAAUUGUCACUUACCCCAUAGACAAGCCUGUCUAACUUUUUCAUUACAUUCUUCAGCAGGUUUUCAACACCGCUGCUUUAAAGUUGGAGGUUAAAUGUCAGCAGUACACGCUUCCUUAUACUUAAGUGUAACCUAACCAGGGUUAUGUUUGGACGCGUAAGAGUUUUAGACACACUGGCUUGGUUUUUGUAUGUUUUUUUUUUUUUUUCAUUUUCUCUUUUCUUUUUUUGCACAUCUUGUAAGAGAGGGUAAAUCCAGUCCUCCCUCAGAAUUCCACUCUCCUUAAAGCCAUAGAUUUAUGUCAAAAAUAAUAAUUUUUCUUUUAAAAAAAAAAAACAAUUUUGGAUAAUUUAUUUCUUACUUUAGCUUUGCUUUUUUUAAAAAAAAAAAAAAAAAUCACUUUCUGUUACUCUAUGUGGAGAUUUUUUUUUGGGUUAUUAUUGUUUUUUUUUGGUUAUCAUUUAUUGUUCUUUUCAUUUUCAGCCAAAUGAGAGCUCAUGAUCUGUUCGCAAUAAAUCCUAAUAACCGGCUCAGUCCUCAGUUUAGGACUUUAGCCACGGUGUUGACAGGAUUAUAAUGAAUAUAAAACGCCACUAGCCAAAUUCCUUACUAAAACAGUAAUAAUUAAUUGUAUUGUUUAAACCUGAAGUGUUCUUUUUUUCUUUUUCUUUUUUUCUGUCCCUGAUGGUUGGGUCGAGUGAGUUGCCUUGCUUGUCGUCCCCCUUCAUCUUCUUUGAGCCUUAAAAGUGUGAAUGCAUGAGAAUAGACUCUAGUCUGCCACUUCCUGCUGAAGCAGGGUGUGUGUACAUGUGUGUGUUUGCGUGCUUGCUCUAGAUUAUCAGUGAGGUUGAGAGAGGCUGCCAGCUGGACUGUUUGCUAUAUUCUACAGAAUAUAUUAAUUAACAAUUAGUUAAUUCCACGUCAUGGUUAGUGACUCAUUCUAAAGCCUUGGCUCCGUAGCCUAAAGCCUGCCUUAUGCUUUGCUGCAGCUUUUACAUGCCCUUUAUCUUGAUCUGUCUUUUAAUAAAAAAUAAAACAAAUCUGGAGGUACUAAACACACCUGCCAGAGCAGCUGUUUUUUGGUUUUUUUCCCCAAAAAUGUUUGUUUUUUUUAUCAGAAAGAAGGAAGCUGGGCAAGAGGUCAAAGGGCAUUCACAUUCUAGUUUCGUUGCAUCCAAGCUCAGAAAAGUGCAUAAAAAGUUUGAGUAGAGGGGUAAAUAAAGGAAAGGUGGUGUUGAAAACUUAGUUUUAUAAAAAGAAGAUUAAUGAUAGUCACCUUUUUUUUUUUUUUUUUUUACCUGAUCAUUUUUUAUUUAUUUGCACUUCACACGGUGACUUACAGUGCUCUGUCCUGAUUGGCCAACGGCUUUUGAACCCUUUUUGAGGACAACAUUUACUUCUUGUUUUUUGUUCUCUCUUUUUUGACACAAAUAUGAUCCCAUUCGAUCCAAGCUGCUUUCUAAUGCCCGGAUCUGCUGCUUCCUGAUUGGCCAGCUCUGUGUGGGUGUGGUCUUACAGUGCUGUGUCCUUAUUAUCCACCUGCAUGAGGAGAAGUAUUACAAUGCCGUGUCUUGAUAGGCCAGGCUGCUUUUGAAUUAUUUUGGAAGACAACCUACAAAUCUUUUUUUUUUUUUUUUUUUUUUACACAAAUCUGAUCCCAUAUGAUCCUGGUUGUUUCUGUCCAACACGGGAUCAUUUCUUACACAGACCCGUAUACUUCUUCCCUCGUAUUUAAUAGUCAUAUAGAAGGCCAUUUUUGGUUCUAAUACACAGUAGAUGUGUGAUUAUUAUGAUGGUUUGUUGAAGCGAAAUCCAUGUACGCAGCACUGCAUGUUAUUCCUGAAGAAGCUUUAGUGCCUGAGAUGAAAUGAAGAUUUGGAGAUUCUGAUUAGUUUGCUGCUAAUAAUCUGAUGCUGUGUGUUCUGUCAGCUUGGGUUUGUUCCGUGCCAUGAUUUUAUUACUACUAAUAUCUUUUUUUUUUGUUGUUGUUGUCCUUUCUGACUUAAUGUUUGCUGUCAUUUAGCUUUUUAGAUCCUGCUGUCAAAAGCUUCCUGUUUCAACCAAAACCACUUUUGUGUUGUUUGUAAAAAAAAAAAAAUCAAAUGCUUUUUUUUUUUUCUUUUUUAAUGCCAAAGGAGUCCUGAGUGUGUCAAACAGCACUGGUAGUAUUUCUCUGAGUGUCAGUCAGGUUAAGGGUUAAUGCAAAUGUUCAGUGCUCGCCGUAAAGGUUCCUGGUGUAGCAAGGAUGUGUUUACUUUAAAGACUAAAGUCACAUUAUUGUCAAGGUUCCAAUUUUUUUUUCUUUUUAAACAUAACAUAAAUUGUUCUCUUUUUGUCUCGAUUUUCAUCCUCCAUGAGACCCCAGUCACUAAUGCUUCAACAUGAUCACGGUUCAUUUCUACAGAACCAGCCAUAACAAAUGGUUCUGAACUCACUGAAUUUUAUGAAUUUUUUUGUGCUUCUUCUUUUCUUCCCUAACUGCUAUUAUUAGUUUCCUCGAAAAACAAAGUGCCUUAACGAUGUCAAAGGUUGGAAAAAAAAACUUAAGAUCGUCUUUUUGUCUUUAAGACAAAGUCUGCAUGUUUGUGCCUGAGCAAAGACUUAUUUUUGUUUCAACUCUAAUGCUGUAUGAUGUAGAAAGCUGAGAGCCGAGUUAAGUGGAAAGCUUAAUCUUUUGUGUGGGUUUGUAUAAAAAACCCGACGCUCAUUUCCUUCUCUCGAGUUACGUAAAGUACGAGUACGUGCGUAUAUGAACCGUGGAUGACCUUUGCACCUGAGAGAGAGCGUAAAAUACACACUCCUGCACCCAACAAUUGCUGUUUCUUUAUGUUGCCACGAGGUCUGCCUUAAAAUGUUUUCAGCUGCGUUUUUUUUAAUUGUCUUUAAUUUUGCAGUGCUGAUUAGUUGUGAAGAUUGAAAAUUCAACCAAGAAUUAAAAUCUGAGUGAUAAACAAUA